AUGCUUCACGCCAAACCAAAUAUGCCACCCUUUACUGGGGAUUACGUGCGAUGCUGUGCAUAUUCCUAUGAUGGGGAGCUGCUCGCAACAGCGUCAGACGACUAUACGGUCCGGGUUUGGAAUGCCAAGACUGGGAAGCUACAACAAACGCUGGAGGGAUUUUCUAACUGGGUGUAUAUUGUUGCCUUCUCUCGAACACAUUUGCUGAUGGCGACGGAUCAUAAACAUAUCAGGAUUUGGGAUGUGAUCACCGGGUCGUUGGUGGAGACCCUAAUCCCCAACUCCAACGCCUGGAUUGCGGAUAUCAGUCUUUCGUAUGAUGGGACCAAGCUAGCAGCGGACUUCAACGAGACUAUUGGAUUCUGGGGUAUCCUGCCGAGACCGCUCGAUCAGUGGAAAUACAGAAUAUCUCCUGAGCCAACUGGCGCAUCCCACGGGUGA